AUGCCCCGACGGGAACGCACGCUCUCCCUCUUUGGCAAUUCGAAUCCGCGCUCGAUGCUUUUGCUGCGGCGUAUGGUCGGGGCCACAGCCUUUGCAAAGCCCUCCGACGCGGCUUCAUCAUCGAGUGAUGAUUCAACCCACCGUUCGGGCAGUGGCCGUGACGUCAACGGCAAAGGCAACGACGGCAAUUAUAGCAGUAACGGCACCGGCACCGGCCACGGCAAAAACGACGGCCGAGAAAGGCCUGUAGACGUCAUAGACGUCCACAUGAGCACCGACAUGCGCGAGACGCUGGAGCACAUCUACAACGACCUUCGCCAACCAGAUGCCCUCCUAUCCAAACACGCAUUUCGCGCCUUCCUUGAGCAGGUCCAAGGCGAGGCCGUCGCAGACCUUGACAGGGAUGCUUACACCUGCGGCGAGUUUCUCUACGUGUGGAUGAAGCAUUAUGGCACCGAUGCCGUCGCGCCGCCGCAGCCAAAGGACCUCUCCAAGCCGCUCACAAACUACUUCAUCAACAGCAGCCACAACACCUACCUCGACGGCCAUCAGUGGACUUCCAAGAGCACGCCAGAAGCGUACAAGAGUGUGCUCUCCCGAGGAUGCCGCUGCAUCGAAAUCGACGUCUGGAACGGCGACGCCAUUUCGGCACGAGGCCGGUCGAAAUCGCCACUCGCCGACCACGGUCGCCCCUCUUCGGGCAGCUCGAUACCGAACGCGGCACUGAACAUGGUCGAUACGGCAGAGGGAAGGCAUGAAGCUUCGAGAUCGCUCCUCGGCGACAAGCCUGGGGUCCAAGCUCGAAGCCCCAGCUCCCACAGCCGGGCUGUCGCCGACAACCAUUCCCCUCGAUCCAGCGUCCUCCUCUCGCAAGACACCCGCGAGUCCAACGACAGGCUCGACGUCACCCGCGGCGGAGCCCGCGCCCGGGCCAGGCAGCUGAUGCCGCCCGGCGAACCCAUCGUCACCCACGGCUGGACCCUGACGCUGCCCUGCGGCUUCCGAGAGGUCUGCGAGGCCAUCAAGGAGUCGGCCUUUGUCGACAAUCAUCUCCCCAUCAUCAUCAGUCUCGAGGUCCACGCCGACCUCGAGCAGCAGGAGGUCAUGGUGAAUAUUAUGAAGGAGGUUUGGCAGCACCUGCUCGUGAGCGAGCCCCACGAGGGAUGCGAUCCGCGAUUCCGAGUUCCCACCCUCGAUGCGCUGAAGAACAAGAUCCUCAUCAAGGUCAAGAGGGCUCCGGCGACGAUGACGGCCGCCCGCACCAUCGGUCAUCAGGGUCCGGCGCCGAGCAAUGACGACGAUGACGGCUCCCCCUCGGAUGACGAGGUCGCUUCGGUUGUUCCAUCUCGCUCUCCGCGACUCGGAAAGUCAUCAUCAGCGCCGCCGACGCCAGUGCCGGGAUCGCAGGAGAAGGGCGCCAAGGUCAAGGGCCGCCGCAUCUGCGAGAGUCUAGAAAUGUUGGCCGUAUACACGCGCAGCGAGAGGUUCGAGAGCUUGCAGACGCCAGCGGCGAAGAAACCGACGCACAUAUUUUCCAUCAGCGAGAACAAGAUGGUGGAGCUGUGGCAGAAAAAUGAGGACGAGGUGCUGAUGCACAACAAGAGCUACUUCAUGAGGGCCUUCCCGAACGUGCGCCGCAUCGACAGCUCGAACCCAGACCCGAGCCAGUUCUGGCGCAAGGGCGUCCAGAUGGUGGCCCUCAACUGGCAGAACCUCGACGAGGGCAUGAUGCUGAACGAGGGCAUGUUCGCCGACGAGCGAGGUUGGGUCCUGAAGCCGGCGGGAUACCGAAGCGCCGACAAGCAGGAGUCGGCCUCGACGAGAACGCUGGACCUUGCCAUCACCAUCUUUGCCGCCCACAACCUACCGACGGCGAGCGACGACGACGCGGAACGCGGCCGCAGCGGAAGCACGAUUCGGCCCGUCGUCAAGGUUGAGCUGCACGUCGACAGGGCCGGAGCGGCCGACAAGGAGGGUGACGGUCCGUACAAGCAACGGACUGAAGCGAGAAAGUCCAACCAUCCGUACUUUGGGCCGUCGGGGAAGACGCUGCUGUUCCGCAGCAUUUCCAAGGUUGUCGGUGAGCUGGCAUUUGUGAGGUUCAAGGUGGAAGACGAAUCGCGGACAAGCAUCGUCAGCUCGCCACUGCUCGCUUGGGCCUGCAUUCGACUCGACCGCCUCCGUCCAGGCUACCGUUUCGUCCGCCUGCUGGAUGCCAAGGGCAUUGCUGUGCCGGGCGGGAAACUGCUCGUCAACAUUUCCAAGACAUUGCGAUGA